UCGCUCGUAUAUCGAAAUAUGACAACAAGGAUGUUAAAACAAGUAUAUGUUUACAUAUAAGUAUUGUAUCGUGCACGGCCAGUUUUAUCACGGACAAGCUGGGGAACAAACAAGGAAAGGAUACAAAUAUUUGAUAAGGAUGUGAAUAUACAUAAACAUGUUACUUCCUCGUGUAGGUACGUCACGUCCGCGAGAGGCGCGUCAGUAACGCUUAACAUUAAAGACUGGUAACCCAAGGUCUUCUGAAUGCGAGGGCACUGCACGUAAUGAUGGAGGGUUCUGGCAGCGCUCCAGUGCGCCCUCCCCGCACGACCCUUGGGGACCAACUGUGGUACUGGGGAAACAUAUCCCGGGAGGAGGUGAAAGACUUGAUGAGGGACCGGUGUGACGGGUCGUACCUCGUUCGGGAUUCCGUCAACUCCACGGGUGAAUACACACUGACCCUUCGGAAGGGAGGGGCCAACAAACUGAUGAAGAUAUAUAAGGCAGCCGCUGGAGGUUACAGCAUAAUUCAGGGGGAGAGUUUCUUGACGGUGAUGUCCCUAGUGGAGUUUUACAGAGAAAACUCGCUGGAUCACCUUAACGCUUCCCUUGACAUAACCUUGUCUCACCCUGUCAAUAGGAGCUUAUCCAACACGUUUGACGGGUUGUCGUUGUCGGACUUUGAAGCUUUACAUGUGGAGUACAUGGACCAGAUGUACGAGUAUUACUUACUGUUGCAAAGACACUCGGAUCAGCUGAACAUUCUCCAGAACAAACAACAUUGCAUGGCUGUGUACAAGGCUAGCACAGAGGUGUACCAGGAACAGCUCGACCUUCUACAGGAAUGUGUCCGCAAAGCUCCGGUCGACGACAUCACAAAACUACACGCGAAUUACUCGAUGCUCAAUGAGAGGAUAUCAGAACUUCGCGCGGAGAUGGAGAAUCUGGACCAGGAGGUCCGGAGGACGGGGGCAGUAGUGUGGUCCUACCAGGCCGACCUAGACGAGUUAAAACCCAUUGUCACCAAGUUAAAGAAGCGUCGCACCAAAGCGUCGAAGGACCUCACAAAACAUGACCAGUCGCGUGAACUUCAGGAAAAAAUAGCAGAAAUUAUCGCGAAUCCUUUACUGAAUAAGCGUUCCUGGUAUUUAGAUGACGAUAGGGAUGAAGCUGUCAGGAUUUUAUCCGACGCAGAGACCGGUACUUUCCUUCUCAGACCAAAGAAACCGAAUCUGAGAAAAUGUCUGUCGAUUAAGUGUGACAAUGGUGUGAAGCACUGUAUCGUUGAGGUGAACGAGCAAGGACGGUGUGGAUUCGACGACAGCUACGAAUUCGAAAGCCUUACAAAAUUUAUAACUUAUUUCAACACACAUUCACUCCUACCGUACAACAAACAUAUGAACACUUGUCUGAUCAGUGCUGCUCUCUACAUCGAAGAACCGUUUUACGAUGUAUUGUAACAGAUCUCAUCGUUCGGCGAUGUAUUGUAACAGAUCUCAUCGUUCGGCGAUAUUGUAACAGAUCUCAUCGUUCGGCGAUGUAUUGUAACAGAUCUCAUCGUUCGGCGAUGCAUUGUAACAGAUCUCAUCGUUCGGCGCCCUAGAGCCGUGCCAUAAGCACAUUAUCACUUUAUUGGUUUCAACGAUAAUUGUAUCACUUUAUAUUCCUCAAUACGCCAUUCUUUCUGGCAACUGGCAAGCUUUCAAAUAUUUGGUAAUCAGUGUUCUUCUAGACUGGUCCAAACGUCAUUUUCAUAGUGUUUCAUUGUUGCUUCACUAGUCAUUGAACAUUUGAAACGUUGAAACGAGUUUCCGAGCUGGCUCCAUUGUGUUUGAAAGUUUUUUUCCAUAACCCCAGAAACCUCAUCUUUAUGGGAUGGCUCUAAUGUAAGUGUGAUGAGUGGUGCUUAUCCAUUAAACGUCGUCGCAGCCGUGUAUCAGUAUAUAUGGGUAAACUUGACUUGUAUUGCUGAUGAUAUCAUGCUAACCGACUCCGCUGUAAGGAAGCUAGGAAGUCUAGAAUGCUAAACGUUCUAGCAAUGAAGUGUUUGAAUACAAUCGACAGGAUUGUAAGGACGAAUGGUUUCGCAGGGACAUUCACAGCAAAGCUUCCAGGGAUAAGACUGAUUUGGCUAAUCGUAUCAGUAAUGUAAACAUUCAAAAUGCGAUUUUCGAGAAACAUCUUGUUUACAAAUAUUUUUUUCCGUGCUUCUAAUUCCAGGCGGUCAUUUUGAAACUGAUAUAAUUGAUUGCCUCUGUGAUAUUUGCUUGCCAUUGAACUAGCCUUUGUAACUACCUGCAUGCGAGUAUUAUACUUCCUGUUUGUCCUAGCACUACAGUGGUGUUUUCUUUUUGUUUUAAAUAUGCGACGUUAAAUAAAAUUUCUGGUCUCUUG